AUGACUAAACAUGGGUAUUGUAUCUGGCAUCUAUCGCACAAUGUGAAACUUCAUGUCAAACAAGGCAGAGACGAGGUUGCACUACAAUUCAGAAAAGUUGCACAACUUUAUUCAGAGGCUGAUUUUCAAAAGCAGUAUCAAGAUUUUAGGGAGAGGUAUCCAUCGUGUGCUAGGUAUCUUGAUAAAAGUAUCAAUGUAAAAAAUUGGACGAAGUGUCAUUUCCCCGGUGGAAGGUACAACAUAGACACCUCUAAUUGUGCGGAGUCUUUGAAUGCGCUAUUUCAAAAGGCACGAAAGAUGUCUUUAUUGCCUAUGCUUGAUACAGUUAUUGACAAAAUGGCUGAGUGGUUCAACAAACAUAGGAAAUAUGUAGCAGCCGGACCGUCAUCUCGAAAAUUGGUUCCUUUAGUGGAGAACAAAAUGCAUAAAAGAGUACCGAAAGGUUCAAAACUACAAGUGACUCUGCUGAACACUUUUCAGCUUGAAUACAGUGUUAUUGGAGCAGACGGAAAUACUUAUUUGGUGGAUUUGCAUCAUAAAAUGUGCAGUUGCAGGAAGUUUGAUAUAGAUAAAUACCCAUGUAGACAUGCAAUAGGCGCUGCCAUUAAGUGUAUGAAGCAUGAUAGACCAAUAGAGUUGAGUGACAUGUAUGAUGUAAUCUCGCAUUAUUACUUCAUUAGAGUGUGGGCUUUGGCGUAUCAAAGGACUAUAUAUCCAGUCCCUCACAUGUCUGAUUGGAUGAUUCCAAAAGAAGUCGAGGAACAGUGUCCCUUACCUCCGGAGUACGAGAAAAGAAAGGGAAGAACUCAGAAAAAGGUUUCCUUCGGCAGGAGAAAGACGGCCCCGUCCUAA